ACCAGCUCACAUCCUUUGCAUGAGUAUACGUUUGCAAGCGUGUCGUCAUCUUCCCACAAAGAUGAAGAUGUCUAUGUCUUGUGUGUUUGCCUUGGUUGUUAUACUGGGCUCCAUGGAGCAAAGUGGAGCAGAUGUUGUAUUUGCUGCCAUUGGCGAUUGGGGAGCUGGGACAACUGCCCAGAAAGAUGUAGCUAAGUCAAUGGCUGGAUGGAUGGACAAAAAUAAAGGCGACUUUAUUGUAACACUGGGAGAUAACUUCUACAGCGGUGUGUCUGAUACCAAACACAAAUAUUGGGAAGAUCGCUGGAAGAAGGUGUACACUCAACGCUCUCUUCAGAAGACUUGGUACGUUACCCUUGGCAACCAUGACCACAACAGAGGCAAAGCCAAGAAUCAGGUGGCUUAUAGUAAGGUUAACAGCAAAUGGCACCUCCCCAAAAACUACUACAGCUUUACUAAAGGAUCCGGUUCCGGCAAAGUCCACUUUAUCAUGCUUGAUACGACCCCCCUUGUCAAAGGGGACAGCCGCCAAUUGAGAUGGUUGGAGAGCGAAUUGAAGAAACCCAAAGGAAGUUGGAUUGUCGUCUGCGGACAUCAUCCCGCCUUUAGCGGACCAGAAGGAGGGGUCAACUCAAGAAUGAGCAAAGAUGUGUACUCAUUGUUGAACAAGUACAAAGUAGCUGUUUACCUCGCUGGACAUGUCCACAACUUGGAGCAUCUACGUGAGAACGGCAAACGCGCCAGUUCGUGCACAGAUCUUGUUGUAAGCGGAGCCGGUGGGGCGAGGGGACGAACCAAGAAGGGCGGCUACAGGAAUGUGCAGUCAGUGGCUUUCAAGGAGGCGUAUGGGUUCAUAGGAGUUAAGAUAUCUUCCAGUAAAUUAUCGAUUUCUUUUAUCGAUAAAAGUGGGAAGACUACUUACUCAUUUUCCAAAUCAAACCCCCGAAAAUGAUACCUUUUUAUGUGUAAUGUCAAUUAUUAAUGUAAUGGUACUGAAAUAUAGAUUUCUUAAUUGAU